AACUUCAUAAUGUUGCGAGGUUUAGUGUUAGCUAGUGAUUGGUGCAGUUUAUAGGUAUAUUAAUCUGUAGCUGUAACUGGUACUUUGGAAAUAUGCCUGAAAUAGUGCAUGUGCAAGCUGGACAGUGUGGCAAUCAGAUCGGAUCCAAGUUCUGGGAGAUCAUAUCGGACGAGCACGGUAUCGACCCAUUCGGCAUCUACCGCGGCGAAAGCGAUCUGCAAGCAGAGAGGCUGAACGUUUACUACAAUGAGGCUUCAGGCGGAAAGUACGUGCCACGCGCGGUGUUGGUGGACCUUGAGCCUGGGACCAUGGACUCCGUGCGCUCGGGGCCGUAUGGACAGCUGUUCAGGCCUGACAACUUCGUCUUUGGACAGAGUGGCGCUGGGAACAAUUGGGCGAAAGGUCAUUACACGGAGGGCGCAGAGCUGGUCGACGCGGUCCUGGACGUCAUCAGGAAAGAGGCGGAGAACUGCGACUGCCUCCAAGGUUUCCAGCUAACCCACUCCCUGGGCGGAGGCACUGGCUCCGGCAUGGGGACGCUUCUCCUCGCUAAGAUCAGGGAGGAGUACCCUGACAGGAUUAUGAAUACUUUUAGCGUUGUGCCCUCUCCCAAGGUGAGCGAAGUAGUCCUGGAGCCAUACAACGCGACGCUGUCCGUGCACCAGCUGGUGGAGAACACGGAUAUGACAUUCUGCAUCGACAACGAAGCGCUGUACAACAUAUGCUUCAGGACCUUGAGGCUUAACAACCCCAGCUACAGCAACUUGAACCAUCUCAUCUCUCUGACGAUGUCCGGGGUGACGACGUGCCUGCGGUUCCCGGGGCAGCUGAACGCGGACCUCCGCAAGCUGGCCGUCAACAUGGUGCCCUUCCCGAGACUGCACUUCUUCAUGCCAGGGUUCGCUCCAUUAACAGCUAAGAAUUCGUUCAACUACAGACCGCAAACAGUUGCUGAACUCAUGAGUCAAAUGUUCAAUCCGGGCAACAUGAUGACGGCAUCCGACCCCAGGCACGGCCGCUAUCUGACGGUCGCCACCAUGUUCCGGGGACACAUGUCCAUGAGGGAGGUAGAUCAGCAAAUACUGUCCAUACAGAGCAAGAACUCCAGCUACUUCGUAGAAUGGAUUCCUAACAACCUCAAAGUGUCAGUGUGUGACGUGCCGCCACGAGGUCUCAAGAUGUCUGCCACAUUCAUCGGCAACUCCACCGCCAUCCAGGAGAUCUUCAAGCGAAUUUCUGAACAGUUCACAGCUAUGUACAGGAGACGGGCGUUCCUCCACUGGUACACAGGCGAAGGCAUGGACGAGAUGGAGUUCACAGAAGCCGCCAGCAACAUGGCCGACCUCAUAUCUGAGUACCAGCAAUACCAGGAAGCCGAAGUGGACGACAUAGAAUUCAAUGAAGAAGAGGAAUUAGAACAGGAACAGGAGCAAUAUCAAGAGGAUGCGCACGCGCAUGAUCAAGACGUACAGUUAGCUCGUUAGAUUGUAAAUUGUUAUGCCGGCUCCAUACUAUCGCGGACCAGACUUUUCGGCGUUCAUUCCAGAUUUUUCAUUUCGGUAUGUAAAAUCACUCAUACAAAGUACGCAAUGUACAUUCGCGUCGGCAUCCGUCAGAGUUCGGCGAUACUGGUGGCAUACAUUUAUUAUACUUAGAAUUAGUUACGCCCAAAAUGUCUGCAAAAUAGCAUUGUUUCCUUUAAAAAAUACGCAUACGAGCAAUCGUAAUUCAUAAGUCAAUUUUUACAGAAACAAACUUCAAGCAAUCUAAUCAAAACCCCUGCCACACGAUACAAUCUGAUUGCCCAAUUUGAUUGCCGAUUCAAUUGGGUACAAUCUGAUCCCCCGUCCACACGUGUGUAGUUGUGUAACUAUAUCGCCAAUUUCAGUAUUUGACUGAGCAAUCCCAAAUCGGGCGAUGCCGACCUUGAAUUACAUAUUUCCUUCCACACGACUCAAUUUGAUUGUCGAUCUAAUCAAAUUGGGCGUAAAAUUGGGACGUGUGGAAGGGGUUUAAGGCGUUGUUUUUUUUUUAAACCCCUUCCUUUCUUUGGGAUUGCUCGGUCAAAUACUGAAAUUGGCGAUAUAUGUAGUUGUGUACGUGUGGACGAACGAUCAGAUUAUACCCAAUUCAAUCGGCAAUCAAAUUGGGCAAUCAGAUUGUGUCGUGUGGAGGGGGUUUAAAUCUUAGUAUUAAGAAGUACUUACCCAUUUUUUGUUCGUUUAUAAUUUAUUUAAUUUUUUGAUUGAUGAUAUCGAGUGUUUUUGGAAAUUCUUUUAUACUUACGAAUGUUUGUAACGAAAAUAUAUUAGAGGUUAUUUUUUA